UUGUUAUUAUUCGUGUACGCGGUAUGCCUCCGGUACACUACGUUUUUUACUGUUUACUUUAAUAAUAUUCCCCUGUUCCACGCGUCGUGUCCCCCUAGUCCGUAGUGUAGUAGUGUACUCAUGUAGUUGCACAGUCUGUUUACGGCAUAUCAUCAUCUCCGCGCUUGCCGUAAAUAAUUUUUUCUCGUCGCAUCGCCGGGUCAUGAACCUCGUCUCUUCGUUUUUCAGCACGUUGAUCGACACCGCGCCGUACUGAUCCGUCUCCCUCCCGCUGGUCGGAAUUUUUUUUAUUCAUCGUGCUGAUAACGAUUUACUAGGCAUUUGUGUUCCCCGGUUACCGGGUCCUUAGCUGUCGCGGUCACUCGGGCCGCCGGUUACUACCUCGCAGCCAGAGCCUCGACUACCGUCGCCGGCACGUCAGCGCGUCGCCCGCCGACGUUCCGCAUCCGCGAUCGUCGAAACACAGAAUUCGCAGUAGUAGCUCGUCUUCUCCGAGUCGUGGUCGUCUCGGCGCCGACAGGAUUUUCGCAACGAGUGCAGUACGGUUUCCGCAGCUGCAGCCGAUGCCGUCCUGAGUGUACCGUGUAUUGGCCGUAGACGGGUCGGUUACCGCUUGCGGCCGAUGAGUUGUUUGAAAGCCGACAGUCAUGGAUUUUGAUUCAGACCAGAGCCUUAAGGACUGGGCAAAAGACAAACCUCUCAGCAUACUCCAGUUGGACCCAGCUGACCGGGCUGUACUCCGAAUAGCUGAUGAAAGAGAUGCCAUACAGAAGAAAACGUUUACGAAAUGGGUGAACAAACAUUUGAAAAAACAUUGGAAAUACUCUAAGACAUACACUUGUUUGCAGGCGUGUUCUAAUUCUAGUUGUUCUUGUGCGAACCGUCAUGUUGGGGACUUAUUCCUCGAUUUGCAAGACGGUCUGAACUUGAUAUCAUUACUCGAAGUGUUGUCCGGAGAUCAAUUGCCAAGAGAAAGAGGCAAACUGAGAUUUCACAUGUUACAAAAUGUCCAAAUGGCAUUGGAAUACUUGCGUUUCAAAAAGAUCAAACUUGUGAACAUUCGGGCCGAAGAUAUUGUAGAUGGCAAUCCAAAACUCACGCUGGGUCUCAUAUGGACUAUUAUACUGCAUUUCCAGAUAUCUGACAUUGUGGUUGGUGAAGAACCAAACGUAUCGGCGCGUGACGCUUUAUUGAAAUGGGCUCGCAAAUCAACAUCGAAAUACCCAGGUGUACGGGUGUCGGACUUCACGUCUUCUUGGCGGGAUGGCAUGGCAUUCAACGCAAUUAUACACAGAAAUAGACCGGAUUUAGUCGAUUGGCGCAAUGUCAAAAGUAAAAAUGUUCGUGAGCGAUUGGAGUCUGCAUUUUACAUCGCAGAACGAGAAUAUGGAGUCACCAGAUUAUUGGAUCCCGAAGACGUCGACACCCACGAAAUUGAUGAAAAAUCAAUUAUUACGUAUAUAUCAUCGUUACACGAGGUGUUCCCGGAGCCCCCUCGUUUACAUCCUCUUUAUGAUUCUGAAUCUCAACAACGUUCUGGGGAAUACCGUGAAAUUGCUUCAUCAUUGAAUCGUUGGAUGCGUGAAAAGUUAUCUGUAAUGUCUGACCGUAAUUUCCCAUCAACACUUAUUGAAAUGAAAAAAUUAGCAUCCGAUUCUACUAAGUUUCGUAAUGAAGAACUUCCACCUCGCCAUCGUGACAAACAACACCUGGUCCAUUUAUACAAGGAACUUCAAAAAUAUUUUGAGGCUGUUGGUGAAAAUGAUAUUGAACCCGAAUUACAAGCUGAUGCUAUUGACCGUACCUGGAAUCGUUUGAUGAUGUCAUACCAAGAUCGAGAUUCUGCUAUUCAGGAAGAAAUAAAACGUCUCGAACGCUUACAAAGAUUAGCGGAAAAAGUUCAUCGUGAAACCAAACGCACCGACUUGAAGUUGGAUGAGUUGGAAACUAGAAUUGUGGAAGAAGGUCGUCGAGCAGAUAGACUUCAUCCAUUGGACGCAAAACACAACGCUGAUCAACUGGAGACCGAGUUGCGUUUAUCUGAAGAUACUAUUCAGUCAUUGUUUGUUGAUGUACAAGCACUCAGAGAAGGACGAUACGUGCAAGCACCUGAGUUACAAAAGAGGGUGGAAAAACUGCAUCAGAGAUGGGUAAAUUUGCGGUCUUUGUUGCAUUCAAAAGUUCUUACUCCUUUGGCUACUCUAUCAUUUCCAAUUGUCGAAGAGCGUACAGUUACCAAACAAACACGAACCAUUCUGGAAACCCGACUUGUUGAUACCAAUACUCAUUUCCGUUCAUUGCAAGAAUGCAUUGAUUGGUGCAAUAACAAAUUGAAACAAUUACAGGAAGCUGAAUAUGGUUCAGACUUGCCUAGUGUCCAAGGGCUUUUGGACCAACACCAGCGUGAACAUAAAAUAAUUGACCAAUUCCAUACUAAAGUUGAGCAUUGCAUAAACGCUAAGAGUAAUUUCCAUGGAGACGAGCUAUCCCUGUAUUCACAGCACUUGAAUACAUUGCAGAAGGUUUAUGCUGAAUUAGUUACUUUCUCUAAUAAACGACUAUCUGACCUAGAAACAUUGCAAGACUUCUUGCAAUCGGCUACAAAUCAGCUUAUUUGGCUGAACGAGAAGGAAGAAAUUGAAUUAAAUCGUGAUUGGAGUGAUAAAGAUUUAAACAUACCAUCAAUUCGACAAUACUAUGAGCAUACAUUUGGAUCAGGGAUUGAGUCUUUAAUGUCAGAACUUGAGAAAAGAGAGAUUCAAUUAAGUUCAGUCCAAGAUCGCGGAGAAGCUUUAAUUCUCCAGGGUCAUCUUGCAUCAAAGUGUAUUGAAGCUUAUAUAUCAGCAUUACAAACACAAUGGACUUGGUUACUCCAGUUAACUCUUUGUUUAGAAACACAUCUAAAGCAUGCCACUUACUAUCAUCAGUUCUAUGCUGAUGUCAAAGAAGCUGAACAUUGGUUAAACAAACGAGACGAGUUACUAAAUUCUGUUUUUAGCCAAUCAGAAUUUAGUUUAGAUGAUGGAGAACGUUUGUUAAAAGGUAUGCAAGAUCUCCGAGAAGAAUUAAAUAACUUCAGUGAAGUGAUCGGUACACUUGAAGAUCGAUCAAGGCAAGUAGUUCCACUGAAACAACGUAGACUUCCAAUUACUAGACCUAUACCAGUUAAUGCGAUUUGCAGUUUCAAACAAAAUGGGAUUAAUGUUGAAAAAGGUUCUCAGUGGUUGCUUCAUGAUAAUUCAGGACGAAUCAAAUGGAGAGUAUCCAGAGGAAUGAAUCUAACUGAUGAUUCAAAUGUUCCUGGUGUUGUAUUUUUAAUACCUCCUCCCGAUCAAGAAGCUUUAGAUUCUGUAGAUCGUUUACGCAGAGCAUAUGAUCGUACGACAGCAUUAUGGCAACGUAAGCAAUUGCGUAUGCGUCAAAAUAUGAUAUUUGCUACUAUCAAAGUGGUCAAGGGAUGGGAUUUGGCUCAAUUUUUGGCCAUGGGUGCUGAUCAACGUAAUGCUAUUCGUAAGGCAUUAAAUGAAGAUGCUAAUAAAUUGUUGAGAGAAGGUGAUCCAGCUGACCCUCAAUUAAGAAGACUCAAGAGAGAAAUGGACGAAGUUAACAGGUUAUUUGAUGAAUUUGAACGACGAUCACAAGCUGAAGAAGACAGUAAAAACCUCACACGAAUGUUUACCGAUCAAGUUAAAUCUAUUCAAAUUUCAUUGGAUGAAUAUGAACACACAUUAAAUACCAGGUUGAGUGCCCCUAUACCAAGAGAUAUGGACACCUUAGAACACUUGGUUAUUCAACACAAAGACUUUGAAACGUCACUAAAGAACUUGGGUCCUGAUGUAGAAGCCAUGCAAGCUACAUUCAAAAACAUACCAAAUAAAACAGCAGCCUUACAAGCUAAACAUGAUAAGGUUUUGAACCAAUGGAAUCAGUUAUGGAAUCUCUCUCAGCUUUAUGUUGAAAGACUCAAGUGCGCAGAAAUUACUUUGUCUGGAUUAGAUGAUGCAAAUAAUGUUAUAUCAGAUUUUGAAAUAAAAUUAGCAUCUUAUGGUGAAAUGCCAUCUGAAUUACCGGCUUUAAAAUUAGUGCACCAAGAUCUGAUAGCAUUGCAAAAAAAUGUCGUCCUUCAGCAGCCUGUCAUUGAUCAGUUGGUUGAAGAUAAACAUAAUACCAGGCGUUUAACAGAAAAAUCCAGACACCACUUACCACGUACUGCUCAUCAUGAUUUGGAUAGACUCGACAGUGAUGUAAAUCGUAUUACAAGUAGAUGGAACAAUGUUUGUAGUCAAUUAGUCGACAGGCUGAAGAGCUGUGAAGCAGCUUACGAUCUUUUGAAUAAAUACAAAAAUUCGUACCAGUCUGAAGUUAAAAUCAUUGAUGAGAGUUACGUUAAAUUGAAUAAUGUUGCUCCUCUUAAAAUGCAAGCAAGAGAUCUUACAGAAACUACCAAGGCUUUGUAUAACAAGGUGCAGGAACGUACUAAAGCAAUUGAGAGCGUCAAUGUGGAUGGUGGCAGAUUUAUACGAGAAGCUAAGAUAUAUGACCUACGACUUCAACAUUACUGUGCGUGGCUGGUAGAUGAAGUUCAUCCAAGCCUUGAUGCCAGCAAUCAUAAUAAAGGCCAAAAUAUGGAUCCCAGUGUUGGUGAACUGGCUGUGUCUCAUGAACUUGAUGUGCUCAACCAUAGAUUUCAAGCAUUGCUUAACAUGUUGAUUGACCAGUUGAAAAAUCUAGCAUCAGUCAAUACUGAUGAUCUUGAGCUACAGGAAUAUGUGAAGACGUUAGAGGCUAGGCCGUUGCGCACAUUCAGAACUGAGUUCAAUAUAUAUGAUACCAUUCCUGAUGUAUCGACAAAUGGUAUAGACGAAACAAUAACAGCAAAAAAUUUAGAUCAUCAGUUAUCUGCAAUGGGUAAUCAGCAUUCUACACAAACUGUUGAAUCUAAUGGUGAUGCAGAUAUUCGUUCAUUACGUCGACGUAUGGAAGAAGCAACCGGACUUGAUGAUGACAUUAUUAAUGCUCCGGGUAUUGUUCAUCCCAAGACUGGCGAAAUUUUAACAGUAGGCGAAGCAAUUCGUUUACGAGUAUUAGAUGUACGAACUGGUCGUAUUGCCACACAACCAGAUUCAAAAUCUGGCUGGGUAACUAUUGAGCAAGCUGUCGAGAAAGGACUGGUGGACAACAGUUUAGCAAACAAACUUUUGGGUCCUUGUGUUGUUGGUGAUAACGGACCACAAAUGACUUUGCUGGAAGCUAUUCAAAAGGAGUUAAUGGAUGCUGAACGAGGACCAGUUGAAAGAAUAAAGGUAAAAAAUGAAGAACAUAUUGCUGAUUUUAUUGAAACUCUCAAUUCGAGUGAGGUUAGGGGUGAGGUAUUCCAAGUGUUAAAUAAAAAAGUCACAUUAAAUGAAAAAGAAAUUACUGUACUCGAUGCUGUUCAUCAAGGAAACUUAGAUAAAAUUAAUUUGGCUGAAGAUGAAUUACAACUUUUAUCAAAACUAAAUGGUCUCAAACCAAAAAGUGCAUUGAAAGUUGUAUUGACCAAAACAUUAGACGCCUUAAAAAUUAAAGAAGAUCCUAGGACUGAUUUGCCAACAGAAGGUUGGAGUUUAUUUGAAGCAAUCAAACAAAAUUUAUUUGAUCCUGAAUCUGGUGUUUUUAUUAUACCUGGUACUGACAGGUUAGUAUCAUUUAAAGAGUGCAUUGAUAUGCGGAUUAUAAACCCAGAUUCAGCUGUAGUAGUUGAUCCGACUAAGCCAAAAACCUUAUCAUUAAAACAAGCACUGCGGAAAGAUAUUUUAGAUACCACUGGCCACUAUCAAGGUAGUACAAUGAAAGAAGCUAUAGAAGGUAACUUUAUAUAUGAUCCAUCAGCUAUUGAAUAUGUUUCUUCACCUGUUGAAACAGUCGAAGUAAAAGGUGCUAAACGUAAAGUUGAACGGUCUAAUAGUUUGAGACCUCAGUUUUUUGUACAAGAAUCAAUAACCGAAGAAGAAUUAGAAGAUUGUAUACACAAUGAGAGUAGAAAUGUGCCAUCUUUACCUAUAUCACUUCUAGAAUCAAGCACCUCGGGAAUAACCUUGCAAGCCAUGGCAGAAAAAUACAAACUGUGUGAUGACACACUGUCAGAAUACUUAAACUGGAUUGGAGAAAUUGAAGACAGAAUUGCAAAUCAAGAUAUUGCUCAAGAAGGUUUAGAUCAACUACGUAAUCAAAUAAACAUUUUAAAACUGAUUAAAGAAGAAAUUGAUUCACAAUUACGUCCCAUUACAACAUGUUUGGAUCAAGUGCGUCAUAUAAUUGCUACAGGCAGUGAAUACUUGUCUAGAGAAGAAAUAAAUAAUGUUGAGAAGAAAGGCAAAUCUCUGAAAUCUCGGUAUGACCAUGCAAAUGAACGUACUGAUAAACUGCUACGUCGCUUGGUCUCUGCUAAAGAUGAAUUAUCCAAGUUUAAAUCUGAACUUACCACAUUUACUACAUGGAUGGAUAGAGCUCAGCGCACUCUUGAUGAAAAAGAACGUGCAUUAGCUAAUAUAAAUAGACUUGCCGAUACAUCUUCAACUGAAUCCACAAGGGAGUUUGUGUCUGAUGUAAUUUCACACCAAGCAGAUCUCCGCUUUAUCACAAUGGCAGCUCAAAAGUUCAUGGACGAGUCUAAAGAAUAUCUGACCUGUUUAAAUGAUUUCAGAACUGGUUUACCAUCUAGACUUCAUCAUAUUGAACCGGUAUCAUCACAAGACAGUGUGAUUAAAAAUACAGUUAUCAAUGUCACUAAUAAUUAUAAAGAUUUAUUAUCUCGAGCUAAUGCCUUGUCUGAUAAAUUAAGUGGACUUAAUUCUAAACAGAGAGAAUAUAAGGAUGCCUUGAACGCCGUUAAGGCUUGGCUUCGAGAUGCUGAACCUAGAGCUAUUAAAAUCAUUAAUGAACCAAUUGGUGCUGAUCCGAAUGCUCUCGAAGAUCAAUUCAAUCGAACAAAAACUUUGAACAAUGAAUUUCUGGGUCAAGCUAGGCUUAUUGAAAAUGUCAAACAAGCUGCAGAUGGUCUAAUUAGGUCCCUUGAAGGCCAAAGUGGUAUCAAAGAAAUUGAAACCAUUCAAGGCCCAGUUAAUGAAUUGGAAGAUAAGUACAGAUCUUUAUGUAAUGGUUUAGCUGACCGGCUAUCACAAUUGGAUACUGCAUUAGUUCAAUCACACGGUGUGCAAGAUGCUUUAGAUUCAUUACUUCAUUGGUUGAACGAUGCUGAAGCAACAUUAAAGAAUAUAACAAGACCAGUGAGCUUACAUACAGAUCGUCUGUCUGAACAAAUCCGGGAGUACAGAUUGUUGCAGUCAGAUAUUGAUACACAUAGAGCAAGUGUGGACAGUGUUGCACAUUCUACACAAGAAUUAAUGAUCAACUCAAGCAAUCCUAGACUUGCCAAAAAAAUUGAGGUCAAGUUGAAAGAUGUUAUGACUCGUUUUGAAAAGCUCUUGGAUAGGACUGCUAAACGAGGUGAACUAUUAAAUGACAUCAACCAAAUUUUGUCAUCAUUUAAUAGUCAAGCAGCAAUGCUUGAACAAUGGUUGGCAAAUGCUUUAGACAAUUUCAAUGAUAUGCCUGAAAGCAAGUUGGAUGAUUUAAUUGCUCAAAGAGACUCUCAACGACAAGCAUUAGACCAAACAAUACGUGACGGAAAAACUCUCAUUAACAAUAAGGAUGUAACUGACACUCCUCCUGUACGUGAUCGUGUUAAAGGAUUAGAAAACCAAUGGAAACAAUUGAACCAACUAUUAGAAGAAAAGCAGAGAUUAUCUAAAGCUAAAGUGGAACAACUUCAAGCAUAUGAAAAAUUAAGAGAUCAAGUAUUAAUAUGGUUGAAUAACACAGAGAAAAGAGUUAACCAAUUAGAAAGUGUAGCGGUAGAUAUGAAUAUUAUUAAAAAUCAAAUUGAUGAACUAAAACCAAUUUCUAAGGAUCAUCGUGAUUACAGCAUUACUAUUGACAGACUUAACGACCUUGGGGCUACAUUUUAUGAUUCUAGCCUCACCAAUUCUAUGAGAAGACGUAGUUCGGUAUCUCCUACUAAACGAUAUUCGUUGGACUCAUUAAGAAAAACGUCUAGGGAUUCUCCAAGAAGUUCGGUUGUAAGUUUCACUUACAACAGAAUUGAAGAUGGUUUAGAUGACAGCCCUGUGCAACAGGAAUUGAACGAAAUUAAUAACAGAUAUAACUUAUUAGGUGUGAAAAUAUCAGACAGACAAAAUGAAUUGGAUACUAUUAGAGAUGAUGUGAGGAAAUUGGUUGAAAAUAUGAAAAUAUUAAAUCAAUUUUUAGAUAGAACACAGAAAUCAUUACCAAAAGAGAGUAUUCCUUUGACUAAAGAAGAAUCUGAUAAAGCAGCAAAACAAGUUAGAGCUGUACUUGAAGAAAUGUAUGAAAAACAAUCUUUGUUAGAUAGUACUAAAUCUGGUGUAAAUGAUCUAUUAAAAAAGAAACCAACUUCUUUAGGAGCUGAUAGAUUACACGAUGACAUUCAAAAUGUUACAAGCCGUUGGAAAAACUUAAAUGAUAUUUGUAAGAAUCGCAUUCAACUUCUUGAAGACUUGAAAGAUUUCCAUGACUCGCACGACAACCUUUCAAACUGGUUAGGAUCCAAAGAGCGUAUGCUAAAUGUCUUAGGUCCAAUAUCAUCAGAUUCUAGAAUAGUACAAAGUCAAGUUCAGCAAAUUCAAGUGUUGAGAGAAGAGUUUAGAACUCAGCAACCUCAACUUACACAUUUAACAUCUGUCGGUGAAAGUAUACUUAAUAGACUACCAGAUCCAAACUCUCCGGAUGCUCAACGGUUUUCUAAUAAAUUAUCAGCAAUUUUACAAAAAUGGUCAGAUUUACUUGGCAAAUUGGAAGAUAGAGCAUCUAAUCUUGGCGCAGCAGCUGAUUCUACCCGAGAAUUUGAUGCAGGUCUUGCUCGUUUGACUGAAGCAUUACAAAAUAUUUCUGAUCAAUUAGAUGAUAUUUCAUAUGAUAAGGAACCAGAAGAGAGGCUUAGAAAAAUACAGAACUUGGAAAGACAAUUAGAAGGCCAACGACCUUUAUUAGCCGAUUUAGAAGAUGCUGGCAAUCAUUUGUGUAAUGUAUUAGAUGACCCGGCUUGUAAAGCAGAUAUUCAAGCAAAAUUAGCUGCUAUUAAUCGUCAAUAUAACAACUUGCAAAAGAAAUUGGACAAUAAAAAAGCUGAAAUUGAAGGGUCACUGAAGGACGGUAGACAAUUUGAAGCUACCUGUGCUUUGACACUUGGUUGGCUUUCUGAUCAAUUGGGCAGUCUCACAGAACGUCUAUUAAUAUCCGCUGACAAAGAUAUAUUACAACAACAAGUUUCGCAGUAUGAGCCUAUAUACAAAGAAGUAUUACACAAAGAACAUGAAGUAAUUAUGCUUUUGAAUAAGGGUCGUGAUAUGCUAUCCCGAACUGGACAACGUAAUGAAUCUCGUAAUUUACAACGGGAUUUGGACAAAAUACAACAAAAUUGGGACAAACUACGUAAAGAAGCUGUAGACCGCCAUAACAGACUUCAAACAUGCAUGGAACACUGUAGAAAAUAUUAUAGAGCCCAAGAGUCCUUUACACCAUGGUUGGCUCAAGCCGAAAAUAAAUUAGAACUUAUACGACCAAACAGCUUUAGUAAAAAAGAUGUGGAUAAACAAUUGAGAGAAUUGUCUGCUUUUAGAAAUGAAGUUUGGAAACACUCUGGUGAGUUUGAGAAUGUUAAAAACCUGGGAGAAACAUUCCUUUCUUCUUGUGAUGUCGAUAAAGAACUUGUAAAACAAGAACUGUCAACCAUCAAAACUAGAUGGGAUAGAUUGAAUAAUGAAUUAAUGGAAAAAACACAAUGGUUAGAAGACAUUUCAAGAAAGUUGUCCGACUUUUCUGACAACCUUAGAGAUUCUGAACACGCAUUACAGCGUUGUGAAGAUAAACUUAAUUCUCAUGAUUCGGUUGGAGGUGCAGCUCGUGAUCCAAAGCUGUUGGAAAGAAUUAAAGCAUUGCGAGAAGAUGCUAAGAAAUUGAGAAAUCCAUUAGUAGGUCUAAGGCAAACAGCUGGUGACUUGGCCUCAGAAGCUGUUCAAAUGGGCGUUGGUGACUCAUUAAAAUUACAAGAUGAUGUUGAUAAUCUUAUGGAUAGAUUAGACGAUUUAGAAGGUAAACUGGACGAUAGGUGUUCACAAUUACUUUCAGCUUCGACUGCAUUGGCACAAUACGCAGAUAAAGUCAAAGCUCUGGGUAAAAAUUUGAAUGACUUAGAAGCUGAAUUUGACUCAUUGAAACCACCGGGUCGAGAUAUUAAAACUGUUACUGGCCAAUUAGAUGAAGUAGACAAAUUUAUUAAGAAAAUUGCAAGGGCUGGAGAUGAUGUUACUGUAAUGCUUGAACUAGGCCAACGUUUGGAAGACUCUACUUCUAUGCGUGAUCAAGCUGAAUCACUGACACGUUUAUUAAACAAACUUGAUGAACGAGCAUCAAACAGACAAACUGAUCUUGAAAAUAUUUUAGACAGACUACAAGCUUUUAAAAAUAAGCACGAUAAUGUUGUUCAAGACAUAGAUCAUGCAACUGAUGAGUUUAAGAAUUUGAAACCAAUUGGAUCUGAAGUGGAGGCAAUUAAAUUCCAACAACAAGAGUUUGGUUCUUUCAGAAAGAACACCAUUGAGCCACUCAUUUCGUCUGUCAAUGAAGUUAAUGGUGUAGGUCAAAGAUUAAUACAGUCUGCUGCCAGAGGUGUAAACACUGGUAUUUUGGAAAAAGAUUUGGAAAAAAUGAAUGAUAAGUGGAAUGCACUCAAAGAAAAAUUAAAUGAGAGGGACAGACGUCUAGACUAUGGUCUUUUACAAUCUGGCAAGUUCCAAGAUGCUUUAGAUGGAUUUGCUAAGUGGUUAGCUGAUACAGAAGAAUUAGUAUCUAAUCAAAAACCACCAUCAGCUGAUUACAAGGUGGUAAAAGCACAAUUACAAGAACAAAAGUUCUUAAAGAAAAUGUUAGCUGACCGUCAAAAUUCGUUGUCAUCAAUAUUUGAUAUGGGUAAUGAAGUUGCAGCUAAUGUCGAUCCUAGGGAACGUAAGGAAAUUGAAAUACAGUUGAAAGAGUUAUCUCAGCGUUUUGAUAAUUUGGACCGUGGUGCUACAAAACGCAUGGAUGAUUUGCAAAAAGCUAUGGUUGUGGCUAAAGAAUUCUUAGAAAAAAUAACACCUCUCUUGGAGUGGUUGGAUAAAAGCGAGAAAAAAAUCAAGGACAUGGAACUAGUUCCUACAGAUGAAGAAAAAAUACAACAGAGGAUUAAAGAACAUAGUAAAUUACACAAUGAAAUUCUAUCCAAAAAUCCUGAGUUCCAUGAUCUUACUGAAGUAGCUAGUACAUUAAUGGCUUUGGUUGGUGAAGAUGAGGCAUCUGGCGUAGCGGAUCGUAUCCAAGAAACAGCUGAUCGUUAUGCUACACUUGUAAAUACCUCAGAUAAAGUGGGACUAUUGUUACAAGACUCACGUGCUGGUUUAAGACAUCUGGUAUUAACUUAUCAAGAUUUGCAAGCAUGGAUGGAAGGCAUGGAAAAACGUUUAGGCAAAUACAAAGUAUUACCCGUGCAUACAGACAAACUAGUGGAACAAAUGGAGGAUAUUGCAGAUCUGUGUGAAGAAAUAUCGAACCACCAAUCAGAUGUUGACGGAACCGUGGAUGCAGGCAUGGAGCUUAUGAAACACAUAACCAGUGAUGAAGCCAUUCAAUUAAAAGAUAAGUUGGACGUAUUGCAGAGACGUUUUAAUGAUUUGGUCUCUACUGGUACUGAUUUAUUAAAGAAUGCCGAAAGCAUGUUGCCACUUGUACAGCAAUUCCAUAAUGCUCAUAAACGCUUGGGUGAUUGGAUGUUAUCAGCUGAAUCACAAUUACAAACCGCAGAACCCAAAGAAGAAGACAUACAUAAUUUAGAACUUGACAUCCAAGAAUUUCGUCCAGUUUUAGAAAACAUUAAUCAAAUAGGACCACAAUUGUGUCAAAUGUCUCCUGGUGAAGGUGCUUCGACAAUUGAAGGUCUUGUUACUAGAGAUAAUCGAAGAUUUGAUGCUAUUGCUGAGCAAAUUCAAAGAAAAGCUGAACGGAUUCAUUUGUCUAAACAACGGUCACUUGAAGUCAUUGGUGAUAUGGAUGACCUAUUAGAUUGGUUCCGUGAAGUAGAUAACCAAUUAAGAGACGCAGAACCUCCAAGUAGCGAAGUGGAUAUUAUUCGUGUACAACUUAAAGAACAUAAGGCACUCAACGAUGACAUAUCGAGUCAAAAAGGACGUGGUAGAGAUGUAUUAUCUAUGGCUAAGAAAGUUUUACGAGAAGUUACUCAAAGCAAUGACACAAGUCUCAUGCGAGAGAAAAUGGAAGACCUUCGUGAAGUUAUGGAACAUGUAUCAUCAUUAAGUGCUGAACGCUUGAGUAUUCUUGAACAAGCUCUACCUCUUGCUCAACAUUUCCAAGAAUCACACUUUGAUUUAUCUGGUUGGUUAGAUGAUAUGGAGAGACAAGUAUCAAUGUUAGCUAUGCCUGCUUUGAGACCAGAACUUAUUGCCCAGCAACAAGAUAAAAAUGAAAUGUUUGUACAGUCUAUUGCCGAACAUAAACCACUUGUGGAUAAACUUAAUAAGACUGGUGAAGCUUUAAUCAGACUAUGUAACGAAGACGAGGGAGUAAAAAUCCAAUACAUUAUGGAUAGUGACAAUUCUAGGUAUGCAGCGCUAAGAUCUGAACUUAGGCAAAGGCAACAAGCUCUAGAAAAAGCAUUACAAGAAACCAGUCAAUUUAGUGAUAAAUUGGAAGGCAUGUUAAGAGCAUUACAAAAUACUGCCGAACAAGUAUCUGGUGCUGAACCUAUAUCUGCCCAUCCUCCCAAAAUUCGUGACCAACAAGACGAAAACGAUGCCGUUGUUGAAGAUUUACAUAAACGUGCUGAUGCAUUCCAAGCAGUGAAAAGAGCAGCCAAUGAUGUCAUUAAUAAGGCUCCGAAUUCCUCAGAUCCCGCAGUCAAAGACAUAAAACGUAAAUUAGAUCGAUUGAACAGUUUGUGGAAUGAAGUUCAAGAGGCGACUAAUGAUCGUGGGCGCAGUCUCGAAGAAGCCCUCAUACUGGCUGAGAGGUUCUGGGAAGAGUUACAGAAUGUGAUGGAUACACUAAAAAAUUUGCAAGAUUCAUUACACUCGCAAGAUGCACCAGCUGUAGAACCAGCCAUAUUGAAACAACAAAAAGCUGCUUUAAGAGAAAUUAAAGCAGAAAUUGAUCAGACCAAACCUGAAGUAGACCAGUGCCGUGCAAGUGGUAAACAAUUAAUGAAAGUUUGUGGGGAUCCUGAUAAGCCCGAAGUUAAGAAACAUAUUGAAGACUUGGAUAAUGCUUGGGAAACUGUAACUGCAUUGUUUGCUAAACGUGAAGAAAAUUUGAUACAAGCUAUGGAAAAAGCUAUGGAAUUCCAUGAAACCUUACAAGAUUUGCUCAAAUUUUUGGAUGGUGCAGAACGCAGAUUUGCCAAUUUAGGUCCAUUGGGAACAGAUAUCAAAGUUGUUAAGAAUCAAAUUGGUGAACUUAAGAACUUUAAAUCUGAUAUUGAUCCUCAAAUGGUUAAAGUAGAAGCUUUGAACAGGAGUGUUACAAGGCAAGCCCAAGAACUUACAGAAAGAACUACAGUUGAACAGGCAGCUGCUCUCAAACAACCAUUAACUGAAGUUAACCGUAGAUGGGAAAAUCUAUUGAAGGGUGUUGUAGAACGGCAGCGACAAUUAGAAAACAGUCUUCUACAAUUAGGUCAAUUCCACCAUGCAUUGGCAGAACUUCUUGCUUGGAUUGAUGGUACUAAUAAAACAUUAGACAAGGAUUUGAAACCAGUCGCUGGUGAUUCUCAGUUAUUAGAAGUUGAACUUGCUAAGCUCAAAGUAUUGGUUAAUGACAUUCAUGCCCAUCAGUCGAGUGUUGACACUUUGAAUGAUGCUGGUCGUCAGUUGAUUGAAAAUGGAAAAGGAUCAGCUGAAGCUAACUCCACUCAAGAUAAACUUAAUGUUCUGAACAAAAGCUGGAGAGACUUACUACAGAAGGCGGCUGAUCGGCAAUUAGAAUUGGAAGAUGCGCUGCAAGAAGCCCAAAGGUUUGCAGUAGAAAUACAAGAUCUGCUAUCAUGGCUUGGGGAAGUUGAUGGUAUAAUAGCAACAUCAAAACCAGUUGGUGGCUUACCUGAAACAGCUAGUGAACAACUGGAACGUUUCAUGGAGGUAUAUGACGAACUAGAAUCUAAUAGACCUAAAGUGGAAACAGUUUUGGCUCAAGGACAAGAAUAUUUGAAAAAAUCACCAAAUUCUGGAAAUCUGCAGCAAAAUUUGAAGACUCUAAAACAACGAUGGGAUAGUGUGACUGCCAGAGCUAAUGAUAAAAAAAUCAAAUUAGAAAUUGCACUGAAGGAAGCUACUGAAUUCCAUAAUGCUUUACAAGCGUUUGUUGAUUGGCUUACUGAUGCUGAGAAAACAUUAUCUAAUUUGAAACCAGUUUCUCGUAUUCUGGCCACAAUUUUGACACAGAUUGAAGACCAUAAAACUUUCCAAAAAGAUGUAAGCUCUCAUCGGGAGAUAAUGCUUCAUUUGGACAAGAAAGGAACUCAUCUGAAAUACUUUUCACAGAAACAAGAUGUCAUACUCAUCAAAAAUUUAUUAAUCAGUGUACAACACCGUUUUGAACGUGUUGUGUCAAAAAGUGCUGAAAGAACUCGUGCACUUGAUCAUGGUUAUAAAGAAGCUCGCGAGUUCAACGAAGCAUGGUCAAGCCUUAUGGAUUGGUUGGCCACUGCUGAGAAGAACCUGGAUGAGUUAACCCAAGAUGCCAGUGUUGGUAAUGAUCCAGAGCGCAUUAAGCAACGUUUGGCCAAACACAGAGAUGUACAACGAGCUUUAAGUGGAAAGCAAGCAACUUAUGACUCUACUAUGAGAAUGGGCAAAGCGUUGAAAGAAAAAGCUCCUAAGAGUGAUGAACAGCCCUUAAACAAAAUGAUCAAUGAAUUAAAAGAAAAGUGGAAUUUGGUAUGCACUAAAUCUGUAGAUAGACAGAGAAAGUUGGAAGAAGCUUUGUUGUAUUGUGGACAGUUCAAAGAUGCUAUGGAAGCUCUUUUGGAAUGGUUACGUAAAACUGAGAAAAGACUGACAGAUGAUGGGCCAGUCCAUGGAGAUUUGGAUACAGUAAUGGCUUUAGUUGAACAACAUAAAACAUUUGAAGAUACAUUAUCUAAGCGUUACGAACAAAUGAAAACUGUACGACAGACUGGUAAAGAUCUAAUGUCCAAGGCCAAUAAUGCUGAUCGUGCUGUGAUUCAAAAUCAAUUGGACGAUUUAGAAGGCCUAUGGAAUCGCACCAGCCAACUGUGCGAAAAACGAACGGAACGACUUGAAGAUGCUUUAAGACAAGCUGAACAGUUACAUAAAUCUGUUCAUUUACUGUUAGAAUGGUUAUCUGACGCAGAGAUGAAAUUAAGGUUCAUUGGACCAUUACCAGAUAAUGAACAAGAAACAAGAAACCAGUUGAAUGAGCAUAGGAAAUUCAUUGAAGAAAUGUCUGAUAAAGAACAUGAAAAAGAUUCUACUGUUACUCUUGCACAAAGAAUUUUAGAAAAGGCACAUCCAGAUGCAGUUGGGGUAAUCAAGCACUGGAUAACCAUAAUUCAGUCUAGAUGGGAAGAAGUAUGGACUUGGGCUAAACAGCGUGAGCAAAGGCUAGUCGAACACUUACAGUCUCUUCAGGACUUGGACUCAUUGCUAGAAGAAUUAUUCUCCUGGUUGACAAGAUUAGAAAACAGAUUGUUGGAUCUUGAAUCUGAACCUCUACCCGACAGUGUAGAAGUGGUUGAAAAACUGAUUGAAGAACAUCGUGAAUUCAUGGAAAGUACCUCUAAAAGACAAACUGAAGUUGACACUGUGUGCAAAGUUAAACAACCUGCUGCUCCUGUGGGAAGAAAACCAUCAGCUAAGAAAAUUUCUGCUAUCAGUCGAGAGGACUUGGCUGGCAGUUCACAUGAUCUAAGUGAUCAACGCAGACAAAGUCGGGGUAGUCAAAUCAUACGAGAUAAGUCCAUGGAUCAUUUGCCACAUAUUGGACCUAGAUUCCCAGCUAAAGGAAGCAAAGUGGAAGAGCCGUUGUUGCGCAAUUCGCGUUGCCGACAGCUUUGGGACAAAUGGCACACCGUGUGGCUGAUGGCUUGGGAACGUCAGCGUCGUUUGCAGGAACAUCUGAACUAUUUGAGAGAAGUGGAGAAAGUAAGGAACUUCUCGUGGGAUCUGUGGAGGAAACGGUUCUUGAAGUUCAUGAACCACAAGAAAUCCCGACUUACAGACUUAUUCAGGAAAAUGGAUAAGAACAAUGAUGGUCUCAUACCGAGAGAUGACUUCAUCGACGGAAUCAUGAAAACUAAAUUUGACACCAGUAAAUUGGAAAUGAACGCCGUGGCUGACAUGUUUGAUCACGAUAAACUUGGUCUGAUCGACUGGAAAGAAUUUAUAGCCGCGUUGCGACCCGACUGGGAAGAAAAGAAACCAGACACCGAGUCCGAAAAGAUACACGACGAGGUUAAGAGGCUGGUAAUGCUGUGUACUUGCCGGCAGAAGUUCAGGGUGUUCCAAGUUGGAGAAGGAAAAUACCGGUUCGGUGAUAGUCAGAAACUACGACUUGUCCGCAUAUUGAGGUCGACCGUCAUGGUACGUGUAGGUGGCGGUUGGGUCGCUCUCGACGAAUUUUUGGUGAAGAACGAUCCUUGCAGAGCCAAAGGACGCACAAACAUCGAACUCCGCGAGCAGUUCAUAUUGGCCGAUGGCGUGUCACAGAGCAUGUCUGCAUUCAAACCAAAACACAACGCGCAACAACAACAGCGGUCUGGUUCUACUGCCGGUCCGAUCACCAAGGUCCGUGAACGGAGUUCCAGGAGCGUGCCGAUGGGCAAGAUGGGUGUGAACCGCACAGCCGGCACUCCGGAUUCGCUUAGCGACAACGAAUCGUCGCCGCACUCGAGGACUUCAGUCGUCCGAAAACCGUCCACUCCGACUGUCAGGAAGUCGAACGUCGGGCUCACUGGUAGUCUACCGGCCAGCCGACCCGCUAGCAGGCCAGCUAGCAGGCCCCAAAGUCGUCCGGGAAGCAAGCCCCCCAGCCGUCACGGUUCCAACCUGUCUCUGGACAGUACCGAUUCGACUACCCCAAGUCGCAUACCAAGACUAACGCCCGGCAAGACGCCUUCUUCGACGUCCGCCACCCGCAAGUCUACGCUCAACGGACAGACUAACACUGCCGCCAAGGGUGUGCGCUCACCGUCGUUGACUAGCCAAUCGCCGUCAUCAUCUUCCAGGUCCCUGUCAAUGCACAGGUCGUCGAGUAUACCUACGUUGUCUAAUUCAAGCUAUAGCCGUAACCAUCACCCGGGUUCGAAAAUACCCGUUCUCGCUGUGCAUCAGUGUUCCUCGGCGACAGUGCCCACGUUGUCGUCUUCGCCGCCCCUUUCGUCGUCACCGUCCCUUUCGUCAUCUCCGUCUGCAGGGUUGCAGUCUCCGUUGGCCGCCACGCCAUUGUCGUCGUCCGGUCUGUCGCGAAGGCCUUCGAAUGCUUCCGAGACGAAACGCAGGGACUCCAAACCGGAUUCCCGGGAACCGUUCCGACUCUGAAAACCUGCAUGCACCGGAACAAACAUAUAAAAUAUGUAUACGCAUAAUUGGUGUUUAACCCCGUAAUCGAUAUUCAUAAUUAUUAUUUCACUUAAUCAAAACGUUGAUUAAUCUCUUAAUUAAUCCUGUCUAGUGUUUUAUUUUUAAUUUUUAAAAAAUUGAGUAUUAUUAUUUUUUACAUACUAUCUCUUUUUUUGUUGUUCUUGAACUUGUAUUCUACUCGUGUGUUUUCUGUUACUCUAUAGCAAAAGUCGAAAGUUUUUCAUUUUAUAAAAAUUAAAAAAUAUCAUAUUAGUUUUCAAACGCGUUUUAUAAUAUAAAGGUAUAUAUAAUAUACUAUGAUUCACUUUUACAAACAAAAUCAAUACUUUUGCAUAUAUAUAAUUUAUGUACAGAGGAUAUAAUAUUAUAUACUUAUUAUGAUAUUCAAGUGCCAUUAUAACGGAAAAAAGUAAUGAAAAAAUCGUAAUACUGUGUCACCGUUCAUAUUAAUUGCGAUCUAGCGGUUCAAUAUUGUUAUUUAUUGUAAUUUUUUUUUU